UGCGCAGUAAUCUAAUCUAUUCACAAUUUACCAACAAUAUGUUUUAUUGGCAAAAGGGCUAUACAGCAUCAAGCCGCAUUAUGCACUUUAAAAAGUUUUAAAACUUUUAGUUAUUUAACUACCGACCUUUCCUAAAUGUAUUCAAAGAAUCAAGUUCAACAUUUCGGAUAACAUAUUGUACUAUAGUUGACCCUACACAUCUUUAGUCAACAAGAGUAGGUUAUAGUUACAUAUUUGCCUGUGGAUGUAAAUUAUACGAUAAUAGAUUAUAAUGUCCAUAGCUGCCUGUCUCAUGUCCAAAUCUGCUCCACACGGAGAGGGGAUAAACCUCUGCCUGCAAACAGUUCACCUCCCCCUCUUCGCUCUGACGUCAUGUGCCUGGCAAUUGCAUGAAGUGUUCUUGCAGCCACACUAUGUGGACUGUGGAUAUAUUUCUGCUUACUGCCUACGAGCCAGGACCCUGAGAGAGCAAGAGAAGAGUAGAGCGAGGAGUGACAGAGAGAGGUGUGGAAGAGGGAAUCGAAUUUGAUUUCUUACAACUGGAAAACUACCAACGUACGGAACACAUCGAGCGAAGGGGUCCAACCGUUUGGGUUUCAACGUACGUUGGCUACAGACGGAUUCACGCCAGAAUGGAGCUACCUGCCGCGGGAGAACACGUCUUCGCUGUGGAGGGCAUCGAAAAGAAACGCAUUCGGAAGGGCAAAAUGGAAUACCUGGUCAAGUGGAGAGGAUGGUCCCCGAAGUACAACACAUGGGAACCCGAGGAAAACAUCCUUGACCCACGUCUUCUCGUAGCCUUUCAAAACAGAGAGAGACAGGAUCAGUUGAUUGGAUACCGUAAACGUGGACCAAAACCUAAACAUCUCUUAGUACAGCUACCCUCAUUUGCACGAAGAUCCAGCAUCCCUGCUGGAUUUGAGGAACCAUCUUCAGAAGCUGAGAAUUGUCUCAGAUCAGAUCCGAUUCAGAUGCACCGCUCCCAGCCCCAACAGUACCAGCUCAACAGCAAGAAGCAUCACCAGUACCAGCCUAGCAACCAGGAAGUCCCUGCAGACCAGUUAGCCAAUGGGAAGAGGAAGUUUUUCUACCAACUCAACAGCAAGAAACACCACCAUUACCAGCCUGACCCCAAGAUGUACGAUGCCCAGUCAGCAAGGCCUAAAGAGGUGGUAAAAGCUCAGGAACCCAGUCCACCCAUCAUUCCUAACCCUGGGUGGAACCUGCCUCCGGCGCUGCAGCAGAAAUGGGUUCGUGACAAAGAUACAGGCUGUUUGAGUAAAGUGAAAGACGUGGCGGUGGCGGAGAUGAAGGAACCAGCGGUACGUGUCAAAGAGGUCGAGAGUGAACGCGCCCUGAAACCCAGUCCAAAGGAGGCAGCCCUUCCAAGUGCGGUCAGCAGCAAGAUGAAAAUCAUAAAGAACAAGAACAAGAAUGGACGCAUCGUCAUAGUUAUGAGCAAGUACAUGGAUAGCAACAAAGCUGGAGCAGCAAAAGGUAAACACUCUUUAGACCUGUCUGGGGAAGAGAAACUUCAACACACCAAAAAGGUACAGGACACCACUAGUGUCCCUAAAGAGAUAUUUAAUGGCAGUUCACCUCCGGCUGCUGAGCACCCCAAGAAACUCUCUCCAGAAGAUGGACAUUUCUCCAAACCAUCGCCAAGCACAGCUGAGGAAUACAACACUGAGGUUGCGAGGGGCCAGGCGGAUUUACCAGAUGAUCACCCCCUACAGCUAACCACAAACCCAAAUCCUACCCCCUGGGUUAUUGAUUCCCCCACCACUACCUCUAGCCCUAUGGACCAGAUCAGGGCACUCGCAACCCAAAAUAAUGACCGCAAACGUAAGUUAUCUGACCCUAAGGAGGACAGGGGUGCGUGUAAGAGGUUUCUGAGUUCUAGGAGCAUCAGUGUACCUAUUGCUGUGCCCAUUCCACCACAGGACAAACCCAUGGACCUCCACCUGAUUGUCCCCCACCAAAGCAGCAAUAGUGGUUAUAAGGUUAUGGACAACAGCACAAGUCAGGAGGAACCGAUAGAUCUUAGCUGUUCUAGAAACAAAAGGCAAUCUGAACCUGAAAUAGUGACUGUGGCAGAACCCGAACCGGAGUCUAAGGGCCCAACUUCAGUGGUAGAGGAAUUAGAGAGAACAACAAUACAAACAGCAUCAUCAUCAGCAAAAACAACAACAGAGAAAGCAGUGGAGGAGCCUGUUUUAACAUUCUCUCCUUUUAUGGGCAACAUUGUCAUUACUGAUAUCACCACAAACUGUCUCACAGUCACCUUCAAGGAGUAUGUUUCUGUUUAACAGUCCCUGGACCUGUGGAAAUGGAGGACUACUGAUUUGACUGCCUUUUCAUUAUGUGAAUAUGUAAAAAAAUAAAUGUGAAAAUUUGUAGAUAUGAAGAUUUAUAAUUUAUAAUUAAAAAUCAAUAUGUUUCCUAUGAUAUUGCAACUCUUCUGUGAUGUGGUAGCCAAGAAAGUGCCCUCAUGGAUUUGAGUGACUGCAUUCAGGUGGAUUUAAAUUACUAGUGAAAUGUCCAUUAUAAAAUGUAACUUAUAUACCAAACUUAUAGCCUGAGAUGUGUGACAUUUUAUACAUAUUUUCUAUUUAGUAAUGGCUGUUAUUUUGGUCCAUAAGUAGAAAUUGUUGCGUAAAUAUGGUGAUCAAAGAUUCAUUUAAAGCACUUAAUUGCAUUCACCUAUGUGUUUAUAUUUGUACUAUGUACUGUACUUGGAGCAAUAUAUGUUCUCCAUAUGAUUUCUACAUAUUUCUUUGCAAUCUAAUCCAGUGAAGUGGGCUCAGUCUUGAGGCUGAGCUGUGUCAUAUUUCACGUUUUGGUGUGUUUUGUUAUAAUUUGUGGGUUUGGGGGAAAUGAAUGGACCAAGAAAUGCAAAUAUGAAUGUUUGUUGUGCCAAGCACCCACGGCAGCAUGGUACAGACUUUGUGACACUGGUCUGUACAUUGAAAGGAUAUUUAAUUGAACUUCUAAAAAUCCUCUAAUGCCUCGUAUGCUCUCAUUUGAAAACAAAAAUAAUACAUCUGAUUUAACUUAACACAGGUUUGUACAAACCCUGUUAAAGCCAUUUUAGGAUGAAAGUGUAUUAUUUUGGGAUUAAGUAUUUAAUUGGACACCAGGAGCUUGGCAAACCAUCAAGGAAAUUAGCUCUCGAAGAUGAUUAAUGAAGGCCAGCAUUUUCAUUUAUCAAGUGGGUGAACUUUCCUUACUUAUUUAUUGAUUUGUGACCCUUAUUAGGGUGAUGUAUUGCAUUGGCAUAGACCCCAUAGAUGGUCUGCAAAUCCCAUACAGCUAUGUAGGACUUUUUGUGCAUUUAAAUUGAUCUCAUAAAACAACAUUUUACAUCAGUACAGAAGCUAUGUGUAUUCAUCUGAACUUGCUACUGAUACUUAUAAAACAUUUAUAUAUUUAGUAUAUCUAAGCUACAUGGUAGUUUAGCCAGCAAUGUUUAUUUGCAGUGUUUCCUAACACCAAUUUCUGUGCAAAAUAUAAAAGCUAACUGUUAGUCACUAACGUUUACUGUCCGGUAAUUUGAUCCAAACACACAUGAUCCAAUGAGCGCCAGCUAUCUUAAUUUUGCUGCUAAAAGCACUUUUUUCUGUUGUUCAAACUGUGUUGGAUAUAACCAACAUUACAAUUUAAAUUACCUUUGAUGCACUCUGAAUGCAAACCAAGAAAGAAAGCUAUGAUGGAUUAUGGAUUUGUGUAUGUUUGUUACAAUGAUAAUGACUGGUUAUUUACUAGUGUGAUUGUGCUAUCCAAGACUUGCUGACAUUAUUUGUUUUUGCAUUAGAGGCUGAAGAUCUGAUACUUGUCUGUACAACAUUUGGCAUAACUUAGUAACUUUUUUACAGUUAACUGUUGGAGCUGGGUUACCUUAAUUUUAAAGCACUUAAUUGCAUUCACCUGUGUUUGAAAUCCAAAACUAUUGUUUUAAAGUGUGUUUUCCGAUGGGGAGGGGCUGGAAUCUGUACUGCUGGCACGGCUAUGGUGUGUUUUACAAUAAAGCAAGAAAAAUGACCGUU